AUGACUGAAAAAGAUGCAAAAGUUUCACAGACAUCAGCAACAGGUGAACUUUCAUCCAAGUCAUUGCCAAAGCAUCAAGAAAGUGCAAGCUCUCCCAGACAAGGAAAAGAAAUAAUAGAAGACAUUUACUUGGACAACGAAAAUGAGAAUGCGGUUGAGUUGAAUGCUCCAUCUAGUGGAGGAAAGGGAAAGAGUUAUUCCUUAGAUAACUUUGACGAGAAGAAUCCUGAAACAAUUAGGGAAAAAGCAGUUAAUAAUAACUUGGAAUCAGAUAAUGAUCUUUCUGGCCAUGAGCUGGGUAGUGAAGAUAACAAGUUGAAAUUUGACAGUAUAGUUGAUAUUAAUAAUUCUAGUUCCGAUAGUGGCGGGCAUGAUUCGAGUUUAUCACGAGAUAUUCCUAAAUUAGGCUUGAAAGAUUCAUCGACUGUUAUUAAUGAGGCUGAUCUUGAGCAUCCAUACACUGCAUUUUCGAAAUUACAGCAAAGUUUAAUCUUUGCUGUAAUCAUAUUUAUUGGGUUUUUAGGCCCAAUGUCAGGUAAUAUAUAUAUUCCUGCAUUACCCAUAUUAGAGAGAGAAUUCAAUGUCAGUACUACAACAAUAAACACUACGGUAUCUGUUUUUAUGGCUGUGUUUUCUUUUGCUCCAUUACUUUGGGCAAUAUAUGCUGACUAUGGUGGUAGGAAAUUAUUAUAUGUUAUAUCUAUGGGUCUAAAUGUGAUUGUCAAUAUUCUUCUUGCUUCAAUACCCACAAAUAUAGGAGCAUUGUACUUUUUGAGGAUAGCUCAAGCUUUUGCGUCCAGUUCUGUUAUUUCGUUAGGUGCAGGAACGGUUAGUGAUAUUACUUCCCCUAAAGAUCGAGGGAAAGCCGUUGCGUAUUUCAUGUUGGGUCCCAACGCUGGGCCAGUGCUGGCUCCAAUUAUUGCCGGAAUAAUUUUAAUGAACGGCGACAACUGGAGAUGGUUAUUUGGCUUCACUAGCAUUAUGGCAGGGGUCGGAUUUAUGCUCGUGUGUCUCUUCUUACCGGAGACAUUGCGUUGUAUAGUUGGAAACGGUGAUCUGCGAUGGAAACUCAGUGGUUUUGCAGAUGGUAUUCAUGAAGAUGAGAUCAAUCAGCCCAAACUAUUACUUAUGAAAAAUUUUGGGAUUCAGAAACCCAUUUCGCAACAUCCACUCUUCUUAAAGCUAUAUCCAAGGCCACCUAAACCUAGCUUGAAGACUUACUGGGAUAUUUGUAAGGAAUUAAACCUUACGAUAUGUUCUUUAAGUACCGCUCUAUUGUUCGCGACGUACUAUGGAUUCAGUGUUACUUUCUCCCAUUAUUUGACGAACGAAUAUGGAUACAGUAAUUUGGCUAUCGGUGCGUGCUAUGCGUGCCCUGGUGUCGCAUUGAUGAUGGGGUCCAUAAUUGGAGGUCAUUCAUCUGAUUACUUUAGAAAGUCCUGGAUCGCAAAACAUUCUGACCAGAAAUAUCCUAGCUACAAAAGGUUACUUUCUCAAAUAAUGGGAUUAAACGUGAGUAUGGUAGGUUGUAUCGGUUAUGGAUGGGCAAUACAGCUCCACUACCACGUUGCUGCCCUUCUUUUCUUUUCCUUUCUCAUGGCAUUCGGCAUGACAUGGUGCUCAAAUUCCACCAUGACUUACCUUACUGAAAGUAAUCCAAAAAGAGCUGCCGGAACUAUCGCCGUUAGCAACAGUUUCCGAAAUAUUGCUGCGGCAAUCAGUUCUGCCAUUAUUUUUAAACUUUGCGAUGCUAUGGGAGUUGGUUGGUGUUUCACUGGAUUAGGUUUAUGUGAUUUAAUAUCAGUGUUAAGCAUCUAUUACUUAAUCAGGAACGGAAACCGUAGUUCCAAAAGCAUCAAUUGA